AGGCUAUAUUGAUUUCAUACAAGCCACUUCAGCCCUCACAUGAGCAGCUUGGGCAUACAAACAGACACACAUCUUGGUGACCAGGGGACGCCUCUGGAUAGUUGACACAAAGGUUGAGAAGAAGGCACACCGGUAAGCUCACGUGCCGGUCUGUAUGCCUCUGCGCGCGCCCUGGGAGUUUCCUUCAAUCCGCGGGUGAGGCGUCUUAGGAAGCGCAAGCUCGAGGGGCGCAACUUUUCUUGUUUCUUUGUCUCAAAGGAGCUGCGCCUCGGCGAAACGAAGGGAAUAACUCGACAAUGAAUCGGCCGUGGGGUCAUUCGCAUGGAUUUCUAAUCUACCUGUUCCUGCUGGCUUUAUGGCGUGCAUGUUCUGAGACAGAUGUAUCCGGCUCAGAUGCCUUUAAAAACAACAUUACCCUCUUCACACGGAUCUUGGACCGACUGCUUGAUGGCUACGACAACAGGCUGAGACCUGGUCUUGGAGAUCGAGUGACGGAGGUGAAGACCGAUAUCUAUGUGACCAGUUUUGGACCAGUGUCUGAUACGGACAUGGAAUACACCAUUGAUGUCUUCUUCAGGCAGAGCUGGAAGGAUGAACGGCUGAAGUUUGAGGGACCGAUGAACAUUCUGCGUUUGAACAAUCUGAUGGCCAGUAAGAUCUGGACUCCAGACACAUUCUUUCACAACGGGAAGAAAUCUGUCGCGCACAACAUGACCAUGCCCAACAAACUGCUGCGGAUCCAAGAUGAUGGCACCCUGCUGUACACCAUGAGGUUGACGGUGCAUGCAGAGUGUCCGAUGCAUCUUGAAGAUUUCCCUAUGGACUUCCACUCCUGUCCUCUCAAGUUCGGCAGCUAUGCUUACACAACAACAGAAGUGACGUACACCUGGACAAAGAACGCAUCCAAUUCUGUGGUGGUAGAAGAGGAAAGCUCUAGAUUAAACCAGUAUGAUCUGCUGGGACAAACAGUGGGGAACGAAACCAUCAAAUCAAGCACUGGUGAAUACACUGUUAUGACGGCCCACUUCCACCUGAAGAGGAAGAUCGGUUAUUUUGUGAUUCAGACAUACCUGCCGUGCAUCAUGACCGUCAUCCUGUCCCAGGUGUCCUUCUGGCUCAACCGAGAGUCUGUUCCAGCCCGGACUGUUUUUGGUGUGACUACUGUACUGACUAUGACCACUUUGAGUAUCAGCGCCCGCAACUCCUUGCCGAAAGUCGCCUAUGCCACAGCCAUGGACUGGUUCAUCGCAGUGUGUUACGCCUUUGUCUUCUCCGCCCUGAUUGAGUUCGCCACAGUCAACUACUUCACCAAGCGCGGCUGGGCUUGGGAUGGCAAGAGCGUGGUUAAUGACAAGGUAAUUAUCAUUAAUCAUGUCCCAGCAUGCUUUGUGUUGUUCGGGUGGGUGGAGUAUGGAACCGACUGA